AUGGCAAACAACGGCCCAUCUAUCAAGAGUGAGCCUGGUGCUCCAGGCUCCGAGGCGUGGGAUGAGGAACGUCUCGAACAGGCUCUAGACGAGCUCAAGCUCUUGCAUGUCAAGCCAAGCCCCCAAAUUACAUUCCAAGCGUAUAUGGAGUCGGUGGCUGCGGCCAAGAAGGAAGUGCAAGACUUUCAGGACAUGAGGAAGAGCGAGAAAAUAACGAACAUUAUGGAACAUGCUACACAACGCCGUAAAGAGGAGCCCAAUGGCAUCAAGGCAUGGCGUACGACAGACCAUCCUAACUGGACAACUACAGACUCAUAG